GACUGGCUUGCUGCUAGAAACCUGGAGGAAGGAGUUAAAAAGGCCGGGCUGAUGACCGUGGAGACAGAGCUCUGUUUAUCCAGGAAAAGAGGUCGAACGUAGGCAACAGAGGCCCCUGCCAGCUCCUCCCAGAAGAACUGGGCUGGGGGAGCAAGCUGGAGAGGAAGCUGCUCCCCUCUGGGCUCUGAACUCCUGCCAGCCAGAAGCCAGGAACCAGCGCAGCCCAAGGGGGCCCGUGCGCCAGGAGAAAGUGCGCCGUGGUGGACCAACCGGUAUAUGUUCGCCGUAUCACCCACUUCGGGCCCUUUUCUGUCCUCCGCAGGCCUCCGCCAGAACGCUAAAAUCGGACUUUCCCCACCCCCACCCCCACUGCAUGUGGCUUUUGGAGAAAGCCGGCUACAGGCUGGGGCCCCCGGAAUCCAGGCCUCAAUGGGCGCCCUCCAGCCUACUCCCCAAGCGCCGAGCCCCGGGCCCGCCCGCGCGCGCCUGUCCAAACGUCCUCACUCCCGAUCGCAUUCCGCAGUUCUGCAUCCCGCCGCGGCUCCCGGACGCUGGGGGCCCCAAGCCCCUGGCCGGGCGCAGCCUCCCCGCGGCCUGUUCGCUGCCCCACCUGGCAGGCCGGGAAGGCUGGGCCUUCCUGCGCGAGAGCCCGCACACGCGCCGGCGCGAGUCCCUGUUCCACCCGCCGCCGCCGCCGCCCGCCGCCGCCGCCGCCGCCAGGGGGCUUUCCCCAGCGCACGGCCGGUGGCACGUCUCCGCCCCGGACCUGCGCCUCUGCCGGGCCCCCGACAGCGACACGGCCUCGUCGCCCGAGUCGUCGCCCUUCGGCUCGCCGCGGUCAGGCCCCUGCCGACCCCGGCCGCACUCACUGUCCCCGGAGGAGGCGAGCUCGGCCGACACCAGCCCGCACGCGCCGCGCCGCGCGGGGCCGCCGCUCUUCCACCUGGACUUCCUGUGCUGCCAGCUGCGGCCGACCAAGGAGAGCUUGCUGCGCCUCGGACCCCACGGCGGCCAGCUGCGGCUCUCGGCCGAAUACCAGGCCGGGCCCCGGCGGCUGCGCCUGCGCCUGGUGAGCGCGGAGGGCCUGCUGCAGUCGCGGCCGGGCCCCGGGAGCGGCGGUGGAGGCUGCUGCGUGGUGCUGAGGCUGCGGCCGCGCGUCGGUCCGCGGGGCCAACGGAGCCGCGUGGUCAAAUGCAGCGCCAACCCCAUCUUCAACGAGGACUUCUUCUUCGACGGGCUGGGCCCACCAGACCUGGCCGCCCGCAGUCUGAGGGCCAAGGUGCUGGACAGGGGCGCAGGCUUCCGCAGAGACGUGCUGCUGGGGGAGUGUGAGGCGCCCCUCAUUGCCCUGCUGCCCCCCUUGGGCGGGGGGCUGGGUCUGGGGACCUCCCUGGCACCUGCCCAUCUCAGCCUGUAGACUGAGAGACUGUCUCUUCCUCAAAGAGAUCUCCUCUAGGUCUGCGUAUUCUUUC